AUGUGUCCUCUGAGGGUCAUUCUAAUAUUCUUGUCCGCUAUUCUAGCCGGUUUCUUGGUCUUCAGAAACCUCAGAUCUCAACCUCAUUCCACUGAGUUGGACGAAAAUGAUAAAGACACACAUACCUCGGAUUCUGCUAAUCCUUCCUUAAAUGCAACUGCCAAGGUGCGGGCUGCAUUAGAAUGUGGGUUCUGGACUUUCGUUGACUUGGCUAGCGGUCGUUAUCUUUGGAGGCAGUUGUUUCCCUCCUCUUCAAAGCGGUCAACCUAA